AUGGAUCGGCUGGGGAGGAUACGACCCCCGCCGUCAUGGUCAAACCUCCUGCCGGAGCUCGCCGGCCUCAUCCUUCGCCUGCUGCUGUGCCGCAUCGACCGCCUCCGCUUCAGCUGCGUCUGUCGCCGGUGGCGCCUCGCCGCGCAACAGCAGCGUCCCCAUCUGCCGCCGGCGCUGCCCUUCAUCUGCCUGAAGGCCCUAAGCAACUACGGCGCCUUCCUAAGCCUUCCCGCCGGCGAGGCGCGCCGCGCCGGCGCAGUGCCGGCGAAAGAUGUCACCUGCCACGGCUGCUUCGACGGCUGGCUCCUGUACGGGCCCCACGACCGCGACAACGACGACUCCCACAAGUGCUUCCUGACCAAUCCUCUCACCGGCGCCACCGUGGAGAUGCCACUUCACCUCGGCUAUCUCGCAAAGAGUAACGUGCUCUACAUGCUUAAGUUCAUGGUGCUCUCACCUGAUCUCAUCGCCGCUCUAUCAGGCAGUUAUGUUGCGUUUUACCGGCCCGGUGCCCCCUCAUGGUCUGUCUCUCCGUCUGACAUCGGCGGCGAUCGCGGUGCCCGGGGAUCCUACUACGUGGACUCUGCCUUCUACCGUGGAAAGAUCUUCGCUCUCAACACAGAGGAUGAGCUCUUCGUUCACGAGGUCGGCGCCGCCGCUGCCGACACCGUCGAGCACGCGAUCAAGGCGCAGAGCCCCCAGCCGGUGGAUCCUGAAGAGAAGUUUAGCAAGAAGCGCCACUACCUCGUCGUGUCGUGCACAGGCAAGCUGCUCAUGGUGAAAUGGACGACGGUUCCUCUUUGCUGUCGCCGUCCCUCUCCCAGGAACUUCGACGGGAUCACAGUGGAGGUGUUCGAGGCGGAUCUGGAGAAGGGUCGGUGGUUGGAGGUGAGCAGCUUGGACGACGGUGAAGCUCUCUUCGUCGGCAGGGGUUGCUCCAAGGCUGUUAGGUUCACCGGUCACGAUGAGAGGUUCCAAGGGAACCGUGUCUACGCUUUGGGCUGCGAUAACUUCUUCCGUAAAUGCCAUCUUGCCAUGCCAAGCUAUGGUUUCUAUGAUCUAAGGAACGGCGAGAUUGUUAAAGUUCUCCAUGACAGCAUGCGGGCUGCUGCAUGGCCCGUCAGUGGCAUGGAAUGGUUCUUCCCACUCGAGUAG